AUGGCUGCAGAGAGCCCUGUACAGAGUCUCCAGGAUGAAGCUUCUUGUUCCAUCUGUCUGGAGUAUUUCAAAGACCCGGUGUCUAUCCACUGCGGGCACAACUUCUGCCGGGCCUGCAUCACUGACUACUGGGAAGAGUCAGAUAUCAACUUCUCCUGCCCUCAGUGCAGAGAAACCGCCCAGCAGAGAAACUUCAGACCCAACAGGGAGCUGGCAAAAAUUAUCGAAAUAGCCAAGCGGCUGAGUUUACAGGCAGCCAAAGGCUCAGGAGGCGAGCGAGUGUGUGAGAAGCACCAGGAGACCCUGAAACUGUUCUGCGAGGAGGAUCAAGCCCCCAUCUGUGUGAUCUGCCGAGAGUCCCAGGCUCACAGAUCUCACACCGUGGUUCCCAUAGAGGAGGCUGCCCAGGAGUACAAGGAAAAAAUCCAGAUCCAAUUACAGAUUCUGAAGGAAGAGAGAGAAAAGCUGAUGGGAUUGAAACUGACCAAAGAGGCAAGAAUCUGGGAGCAUCUGGAGCAGGUAGAAACAGAGAGGCUGAAGAUUCUGUCUGAAUUUGAGCAGCUGCGGCAGUUCCUGGAGGAACAAGAGCGACUCCUGCUGGCCCGAUUGGAAGAGCUGGACAAGGAGAUUGAGAAGAGAAGGGAUGAGAACAUUGCCAAACUCUUGGAGGAGAUUUCCUGUGUAAAUGACAUGAUCAGCGAGCUAGAGGGGAAGUGCCAGCAGCCAGCGAGUGAAUUCCUGCAGGAUGUCCAAAGCACCUUGAGCAGGUGUGAGCUGGGGAAGGUCCCGCAACUGGAGGAGGUUUCUCCUGAGCCAGAGAAAACCCCCAGCAGCAUCUCUCAUAAAACUAUUGCUCUAAAGGAGACUCUGAGGAAAUUCCAAGCGGAUGUGACUCUGGAUCCAGACACGGCUCACCCCCGCCUCGUCCUGUCUGAGGAUGGGAAAAGUGUGAGAUGGGAAGACACGCGCCAGCAUGUGCCCGACAAUCCCAAGAGAUUUGAUUCUUCUCGCUGCGUGCUGGGCCUGGAGGGCUUCUCCUCGGGGAGGCAUUACUGGGAGGUGGAGGUGGAGGAUGGGGGAGCCUGGGCUGUAGGGGUGGCCAGAGAGUCUGUGAGGAGGAAGGGACGGGUCAAUGUUAACCCGGAGGAGGGCAUCUGGGCCGUGGGUCAAUGUGGGACUCAGUACCUGGCUCUCACCUCCCCCAAGAUCCCCCUCUCCCUUGCUGAACGGCCCAGGACCAUCGGGAUUUAUCUGGACUGCGAAGAGGGGCGGGUGGCAUUUUUUGAUGCUGAUAACGAGGCCCCGAUCUUCACUUUCCCACCGGCCUCUGUCCCUGGAGAAAAAAUCCUCCCUUUACUGUGUUUGGGGAGAGGAUCCCAGUUCAGACUGUGUCCCUGCGUCACAGGGUAUAAUAUAGAGCCUUAG